AUGUACAGAUUCAGCAACACAGUGAUUGGUGUCUUAAACCUCCUCAGCUUACUAGCUUCAAUACCAAUCAUAGGAGCCGCUCUAUGGAAGGCAAGAAGCAGCACAACUUGCGAGAACUUCCUCCAGACACCGCUUCUCGUGAUAGGAUUCAUCAUACUAUUAGUCUCCCUUGCUGGUUUCAUAGGCGCUUGUUUCAACGUGGCAUGGGCUCUUUGGGUGUACUUAGUCGUCAUGAUCUUACUCAUAGCGACUCUCAUGGGUCUAACGCUCUUUGGUCUUGUGGUGACUAGCCAAGGAGGCGGUGUGGAAGUACCAGGGAGGGUUUAUAAAGAGUAUAGACUUGGAGAUUAUCAUCCAUGGUUGAGAGAGAGAGUUAGAGAUCAAGAGUAUUGGAACUCCAUCAGAAGCUGUAUCUUGACUUCAAAGACUUGUUCUAAGAUUGAAUCUUGGACUACACUUGAUUAUUUCCAAAGGGAUAUGACUUCUGUUCAGUCGGGAUGUUGUAAGCCACCGACAGCGUGCACGUACGAGACCGGAGUAAUAGUAGGAGGAGAAGAUUGCUACAAAUGGAGCAACGGUAUUGAAACGUUAUGCUACGAAUGUGAUGCUUGUAAAGCUGGUGUUCUUGAAGAGAUACGUCUUGACUGGAGAAAGUUAUCGGUCGUCAACAUUCUGGUCCUUGUUCUCCUCAUUGCUGUGUACGCUGCUGGUUGCUGCGCAUUCCACAACACUCGCCAUGCAGCUCAUCCUUAUCAUCCUUCUGACGAUAACCGCAUGACCAAAGUACGUCCUCGUUGGGACUAUUACUGGUGGAGAUGGUGGCAUGAAAAGAAAGAACAGCUUUACUGA